CAGAACAGGAGCAGCAGCAACAUCAGGAGCAGGAGGCCAUUGCAGUCGAGCUGGAUAAGCGUGUACUACACAGUGUCAUCCCUCCACAUCAUGUAAGUAUCCAGUCAGUGGGUCUCAAGCCCUUGGGGGAUCGUGUGCCCCCCUUCAAGCUCUGUCUGCUGGGCAUGUGACAUCCUUUUUGGCCAGCCCUGAGUGGUGGGAAUAGAAGCGCUUGUCAGUGGACCCCAGGAAAGGGAUUGCUCUGGCAGCAGCCCCACUCUCAGCCCUUUCUCCUUCAGGCACCGGGCAUCUUGAGGAGCAUCUACCAGUGGCUCGUGUCCAACACAGAGCAGUCUGCCCAGCACCGCCUGGACAAGAGCCUUCUGGAACUGGCCGAGGAGCACCCCCACGACGUGGUGGUGACUCUGCUGCGCUGCUCCCCAGCGUGCGACAGAGCUGCCGUGACCAUGUGGAGGGUGAUGGUCGUCUCAUCCCGGACUAAAAAGAAGGUGAUGACAGAGCUGUGCCACGUGCUGAAGGACUGGCCCUUUCACAGGACGUCCACCUCUGACGGGGACAACACGGAUGUCUUCGCCCUGGCCGCAACCAGGGUGCUGUGGGAGCUCCUUCGGCCAGCCAACUACCCAAUGGAGCAGGAGAUGAGCUUCUCUCUACCCCUGAUGGUGUUGCUCUUCCAAAUCUUCGCAAGCGCGCAGCAGACACCAGAAGAGGUGGAGACCUUCUUCAGGGAAUGCCAGCAGGAGGAGGGCAUUGCCACCAGCCCCAGCAGGUUCGCACUGCUGACUCUGAAAGCACUGCUCUGCCGUGUUGGGUAUGAUAUGCUGGUGCUUGAAUUGGGAAAGAGGAAUAUCUGGGAGAUGCUACUCCACGCUGAGAGCCACCACUGGGCAGUGGGUCUGCUGGCCAGGUGAGGGCACUGAGGGACACCGGCAGAGCCCGGGGCGCGUGAAUUGCCCGUGGGCACCAAUGAGGUCUCCUCAGAAGGGGCAGGAAGCCCAUGGUGCACCCGAGGUGCACACUGCUGUGGGGCACUGGCUUCCUCCCUGCAAGGAGAGGUGGGGAAAGACCAGGCCUCCGGGAGCAUGAAAUGCUGGUGGCUGCUGGAACAGAGCCAGGAGCACUUCACCCGUCCUGCUCAGGACUUCUGCUCAGGACUCCUGCUCAGGACUCACCCUGCCUUCUUCCCUCUGCCAGGGCGAUGAAAUAUGUCUCAAGAACAGAGCGCCGACGGAUUGUGCUGUAUCUGGAAACGUGGCUCAACAACAACGAGCCACGCUGGAAGGUCCCCGCCAUGGCCUUCCUGGUCGAGAUGCUGGCCUGUGAGGACCUCAAAAUGGAGUGUCUUCGAGUCCUGCAGCUCUUCCCAAGAUACCUGAGGAGUGAGUGCACGGCGAUGCGUCAGCUGGUGCUCAAGGGCCUCAAAACGCUCAGCAGAAGACCCUAUGUGGCGAAAAAAAUGGAGUUCCUGCUGCCAGAGAUCAUGGGGAUACUGCCAGAUUUGGAAGGGGACGUGGCUGGAAAUGCGCUGUUUGUGCUCAAAAACAUGCUCAAGGAGAUGACCAUCAACAAGGCCAGGCCCACCGCUCUGCAGCUGGCAGAGAGGCUGCCAGCGUUCUUUGACAGUGAAUCCAGCUCCACGCAGCUGCAAUCCAUCCACUUCUUCAGAGAUGUGAUGAGCCUUUUUGCAGCAAGGGAGAAAGAGCAGCUGAAGACACACGUGUGCCAGAGCGUGAUCCCGCUGUUCUUCCACUUGCACGACGAGAACCAGCAAGUGGCCGAGGCCGCAGAGGAAACCCUUCUCGAUGCUGCCAAAUUCCUGCAGAGGUCGCAGCUCGUGGACCUGCUGGAGAGAAAGCAAACAAGGAGACUCGGCAAGUACCUGCUGGAGGACAACAGCCUGGAUGAGCACCUGCGCCAGAGCCUGCCGUACCUGCAGAGCCCACAGGAGCCCUUGCGACUGGAAGCCGUCAGGUUCAUCGGUGAGCCCGAGCCCCGGGGUCCCUCUGUGCCCGAGGGAAGGAGGAGGAGGUGGCCCGGCCAGCAGGGCCAGCGGGGGGGAGAUGGGGAGAUGUGCUGCUGGGAAGGGCUGGCGGGCAGAGUUUGUGACAGGCUGUGUGUACUGCCUAGGGCUCAUUGCACGGCGAGUGAGGGAUUGGCGUGAGGAGGAGCUCCUCAUCAUCUAUGAAGCCAUUCAAGGCAUGACGGAUGACGUCAGUUCCUCUGUCUCUUCGCUCGCAACUGAGACCCUCUUCAUUAUACGAGCUGCAAUGAGGUUGCCACGCAGUGUACCUGGAUUACGAGGGCUGAGCUACCGACUC